AUGCGAUCAUCAUCACUUUCAAAUCCACCAAUACCGGUGGAUUCAAUCGUUAUCAAUGAAAUAUCAUCACAAAAACCAACGACAACACUUUUACAUUCAUCAAAAAUAAAAAGACAAUAUCAACAUCAUUCAUAUAAUUAUUGGACAUUAAAUGAACGUUUAAGAUCAAAAAAUGAAAAACUAUUUAAAAAACAACAAUCAUCAUGUCGUUUUGCAUUUUAUUCAUUAUUGUUAUUUGUAUUUGCAGGUGUUAUGGGUAUUAUUGUAUACCGUUUUACCAAUGAUUGUUCACUAGUAUCAAUUGAUCGAAAACAAUUCAAUGUAAAAUGUCUAAAACAUAUUUUGUGUUUUACUACGAUGUGUAUUAGUUUUAUUGCAUGUAGUGGUCUCGUAUUUGGUGCUUGCCGAUAUUUUCGUUUUCAACCGCGACAAUUGUUAUAUAAUGAUGAAUGUGAAUUACGUUUAAUACAAAACUAUGACUUAUUGCAAGGAACUAAUAAAUCAAACUAUUGUUGUUAUCAAAAUUCACUAAUAAGUGGUGAUUCUGCAUUAUCAUCUCAGCUAACAUCUAAUCAUAAUGAAGAACAUUUGAAUUUUACUGUAAAUUCAUCGAUACAACAUAUAUCAUCACAACGUAAGAUACCACCAUUUACAUACGAGGAACUACCACCAACUUGCUCAUUACCUUCUAUACCAUUACCACCACUACCGAUAUCGCCAAGUAUUAAUUUAAAUUCGAAAUCUUCUAACAUUAAUCCUGACAAAAGCGCAUUGUUUUCAUCGUCCACUUCGGCUUCAUCGUCACCAAAGUCGCUCUUUUCUGCAACAAUUAUUCCCAAUACAACUACUUCUAAUAAUAACACACGUAAAUCCACAUUAACUAGCGAAGAUGCAUGUGCAACUACGCCUACCUCUUAUACAACCUGUGAAUGUGUAACAGAUGUCUGGGAAAGACAACAAAGACCAUCAGUUUCAUUGUCACAUCGUUAA